GCAGAGUGCCGGGCGGGAUUUCCGCAAUCGCGAGUAAUAUGGCGAAGACUUACGAUUACUUGUUUAAACUACUGCUAAUCGGGGAUUCGGGAGUUGGGAAGACCUGCGUUUUGUUCAGAUUUUCAGAGGAUGCCUUUAACUCAACGUUUAUCUCCACUAUAGGUAUUGACUUUAAAAUUAGAACAAUAGAACUAGAUGGGAAGAAGAUUAAGCUACAGAUAUGGGAUACAGCAGGGCAGGAGCGAUUCCGAACCAUCACAACGGCUUACUACAGAGGAGCCAUGGGCAUUAUGUUAGUAUAUGACAUCACCAAUGAGAAAUCAUUUGACAACAUCAAGAACUGGAUACGGAACAUUGAAGAGCAUGCGUCGGCGGAUGUGGAGAAGAUGGUUCUGGGAAACAAGUGCGAUGUCAACGAGAAACGGCAGGUCUCUAAAGAACGAGGAGAGAAGUUGGCGUUGGAGUAUGGGAUAAAGUUCAUGGAGACCAGUGCAAAGGCCAACAUCAAUGUGGAAAAUGCGUUUUUAACACUUGCCAGAGAUAUCAAAGCAAAAAUGGACAAGAAAUUGGAGGGGAACAGCCCCCAAGGCAGCAACCAGGGAGUGAAGAUCACCUCAGAUCAACAGAAGAAAAGCAGUUUCUUCCGAUGUGACCUGCUGUGAGGACCAUGGCCUUACUGUCCGCCCCCUGGUGGCCGGACCGAACUGGACUGUGCUUUUUUUGCUCAGAGCGCGCUCUCUCUCCCCCUCUGGCUCUAUUGCUGUCUCCUUUUCUCCGUGGGCUCGCCCCCCCCCCCCAUCCUCCGCACCUGUCCUACCCUUCCGCGUAGCGGAUGGCCGCACAAGACCCUCCUCUUCGUUUCCUGACCUGACGGGUUUUUGCUCUUUAUUUUCUUCUCCAGCCAUGGGGGGGGCUGGGGGGCUGAUCUAAAGCAGAUACGAAUUCUGUCAACUGCCUCAGGCCGGGUGUGAUGGCCUCCUGUUGAUUGGUUUCCCAGCAUUCCUCAACACCAGAGUUCUUUUUUUUGCACGUUUCUGUUUUAGCAUCCUGCGUUCGUGAUCUUUUGCCCCUUAGCAUUUACACCUCCACCAAAGUUCACUGAGGUCUGGAGCAGAGUUGCAUAUGAUUAGAGAUGGAGAGAUAAUAUCUCUGAGCCACACUGGAUGAGAUGAUUCCAUCAUAUUAGACCGUUGUAAUUUUUUAGAAAUGGCCAGCAAAGAUCGAACUAACCCAGCUAAUCUGCUUUAAGAAUAGAGUGGCUUACCAGACGUUUUUUUCCAUAAUGAGUUCUUACAUUUUGAAUGAAUCAAUGCUGGCGAACAUUGUAAUGUGUAAAAUUGUCAUUCUCUUUUUCAUGAUUGGAAGUGUUAGGCCAUUUUAGUCAUUGCAAGGUACACGUUUUUUUUUAAAAAGAUUCUAUGCCCCAGCGUAAUAGCUUGUGGCCUCCAAACCGGUUUAGACCUUGGGCUGGGAUUUUCUCUGCCGUAUCUUCACCAGAGGUGUUUGCAGAAGUUGUUCUUGAUGAUGCAUAGUUAUCACUGGGUGCUGCUUUUUUAAUCUCAAGUUGGCACAGGAGCUCUUGGCUCAGAAGCCUGGAGCAAAGCAGGGUUCGUUGUAUACAUUCCUCGACAAUCUUUAGUCGUAAAACGUUUUGUUUAUCAAACGUCAAUCGCCUACAUCACAUUUUGUCAUUUAAAAUGGUGUUUUCAAGUGUCAUUUCACCGCACUUCUAUCACCUUAAAAAAGAAUUUUAUGCCCACUGACUUGAAACUUAAGUCUCUUUUUUUUUUUGGGAAAUCAAGUUUACAUUCCAUGUGUUCACUGAAGUUGAGUUAUUGAAGGAUUUUUUUUUACUGCCUGCCAGGUCUUAAUUAUUUCAUAGUGGAGACUGAAAUUGCGUUUUUUGAUAAUGAAACUUAAUACAAUUUUUCCGUCUUUUUUUCUUUCCAAUGGUUAUUGUAGCUUUUACCACUCACCACUGCUAUUCGGAUUCUUGGGUUGCUUCAGAUUGCUCCCUUGUAGGACGCCGUUUAAUUUAUUACAUGUGAUCGAAGUGUUUUUUUUUUGCCUUACCAUGUAUAAAGUUGAGCGUACUGCAGGAUCACACCAUAGGCCUCCAACAGGCAACAGAGCCCUAAAGAGUCUUGACCAAAAAGCAGUGUGGGAACUCGGAUAUCAAUGUAGAUGCAUGGAGUUAAAGUGUUUUUAUCAUCAAUAUGAGUGCAGAACCUUAACCUGCAUUCCACAAGUUAGGUCAGUGCUUGUUUUGCAGACCACUUUCUUACAACCGUUAGCAAAAGAAAACAACCUUUCCUUGGCUUUUCAGGUGCGCAUCUGUGUUUCUUCCCUUGUCCACUUUAUCUGUACUUGCACUCCUGAUGCUUCUUUUUUUUUUUAAAGCCAAGUAUUCGUUUUGAAAGCGCUGAAUUGGGGAAAUGUUCACUUUGGGUUUUGAUCUAAAUAUAUUGAAAUCAGCCAGUAUCCCCGGGAAUCGCGAUCUCCAAUAUUUGAUCAGCUGGUUCUUCUCAGAUUUCUGUGGCACCGUGAUUUUUCUGCCUGUGUCAUUAUGCGUGACGUGCUUGCCCUCGUUUCAGCUUCCUGGCUUUCACCCACAGUAGCAGAGAUCUGUCUUAUGGCACCUCCCAAACUUUUAUGAAAUGCUGGAAACCAUGCUGUAAAUGAGGAUCACUUUGGUAGAACAAAAUCAUUCCUGCAAGGGAGAAAGCCAAAGUCUGCUUUUUUUUAAAAAAAAAGUCAAUAAAAAAUUAUAUUUUAAGAAAAGAGUAUUGUUUCAGACAUAACCCCAUUUUUUUGCUUUGAAUGUUGUAAUGGGACUAAGUGUUACUUAGCAUCUUGAUUCCUGUUAAUUGUUUUUGGAAAACAGUCUUAAGUGUUGCUGUACUGACCUCUCUUGGGCUCCUGUGUCAGACUGGUUGGGGUUUCUACACGAAGCACGAUGUGUAUUGAAGCUGUCACAAGGGCCAGCUGUUGCUGAAGAAUCUAGAAAAGAAUGUUUUUUUUUUCUUCCAAGGACAGAGUUCUAAAUGCAGUAUUUCAUAGUUGCAUAUUGUUUUCUUCCACGGCUUAAAAAAAAAAUACCGUGACCAUUAUCGUAGAUACAUUUACUUUCGGUAUGGUUUCCCCAGAGGAUAUUUCCUUGUUAUUUCAAAGGGCACUAUAUUUAUGUAAAGAAAUCUGUAGAAGAGGCCUGUCCGAUUUUGAUCCCCACUUUAUUUGAUUUGGAUCCGCCAAUUCCGCAAACCAGGCAAAACGUCGUUUUGCAACAAAACAGUACGGAGCCAUUUAAAAAAAAAAGGUCAAGCAAAUGUUCAGAGUCAUCCGGACGGACUGACCCAGUCGGUGUUGGAGCCUGGUUCCCGUAUUGAAAGUACACACAGAUGUUUCCUCCACGCUUUGAUGGCGAUGUGUCCUUCUGCGGUAUGUGGGCACUGUGCGUCUUUGGAUGGGUGGGCGUUCUCUUCCAGUAGAGGGGAUUUGUGGAAAUAAAGUGCAGAUGAGAGUAGAGUGACAAGAUGUGGUUAAUGGCAUACCUCUUCCACACUCUAGGUGGCAGUGCAGGGACUUUUAAUGUCGAAUUGGAAAGAAAAAUACCCCCUAUAUACCCCGUUUUCUUUUCUGUCUUGGAUAUCAUUUAUGUGCUGGUGUUAUGUUGUGAAUUCUGCUUUCUUGGAAGAUGAACUAAGGACCACAAAGUUUUCGUUUUGAGAGGAGGGGAUUUCAAAGAAGAGAACGUCUUUAUUAGCUGCGAGCCUGUAGUAGGAGAAAGGAAAUUCAGAUUGGUAAUCGGUCGAGCCCGCUACGCUUCUGGGUCCUAGAAUGCUUUAAGGUUGCAAGUCGUUUGGAAGGUGAAGUGCCCGUUGUGUUUUUCUCGUGAUGGUCAAGAAUAUUAAAGUGGCCUCUUGUCGCAGUUUUUUUUUUUUCAAAAACAUCGCUGCUGCGGAAGAGAGAGAUUGGAGGAGUGCGUUGUGGCAUGUCUGUAACUCUCCCCAUGAAAUCCAGUUUGCCUUCACCUCCGUUUAAGAAGUGAGAAGGGGAGAGGAUCUCUCUUUCUGCUGGGGUAUGGCUGGCUUUCCAAAUGUUAAAAUAACUCUGUGCUUGGCCUUGCCUGUUGAGAACUCCUCAUCAACCCUGUGGAAAACCAUGUUACUGUCUUAAACCACCUCAGAUACUUGAUUUCCAUUCUUCUUUGGAGCUAUGUGUCAUGUAACUUAAUCACAGAAGACCUCAGCCUGUGUGUAAAAAAAAAA